GAAACAAAAGAGAAAGAGAGGGAGGGAGGAGGGGAUCAUAUCAUGAGGGCGACAACGGGAAAGAGAAAGGUGAAACUUGCAUGGAUCAUGAAUGAAAACGCAAGAAAAUCCAGUUUGAAGAAGAGAAAACUAGGGUUGGUGAAAAAGGUUCAAGAACUCACGAUCUUGUGUGACGUGAGGGCUUGUUUGAUCAUUUUCAGCAACGAAGAGGCCAACCCGCUCGUCUGGCCGAGCCAGGAGUUGGCCCGAGGCCUCCUUGACCGUUAUUUCUCCUUACCCGACAUCGAGAGGAGCAAGAAGGCGACGAAUCAGGAGUCUUAUCUGAGGGAUAAGGCAGGGAAGGUUCAAGAGCAGUUGGUCAAGAGCCAGAAGAAGAACCAAGAAGCCGAGAUGGAUCGGCUAAUGUUACAAAUCAUCAAUCAUAGUAGAACACUCUCGGAUCUCACCAUGAGCGAGAUCUACGGAUUGAUCUCGUACACGAAGGACAAGAUCAACCUGUUGAGGAAAAGGGGUGAGUUGAUUCACCAACCACCUCUCCACAACGUUUCGAGCCUUCCAAACCAGCCCUUGAGGGAUGAGCCGGCGGUUGCAGCACCAGGAGGGGGAGGAAAUGGCGUUGGUUCAAACCCUAUGAAUCAUCAAAAUCAAUACUUGAUGGAUCAAUGGAUUUUCACCCCUUCUAUCUCCACCAACGUGGGGAUCCCUUAUCAAGAAAACCAAAGCUAUAUCCACAUGGGUGAUACUUCCAUUCAUCGAUACGGAAGUUUUCUUCCCGACCAAGGAAGUGGAAGCAACAGAGCAAACCCUAACGUGGAGAUGAAUCUAAUGUCUCCUCAAAAUUCCCAAGAAGGAUUAGCCCUUCAAUCGUCGUACCAAAGCACGAUGAUGAAGCUAAAUCUCAACAACAUAAAUCCCAGCAGCGGAUCGAGCUUGGUUCCCAUGGGACUUGGCCUUCCCUCUCUUGAAGGUCAUGCAAACCCUAAGGCCAUCCUGAGGAGCCAAUUGGGACCGUUCCCUUCGAAUUUAACGAGGCAUAACCUCAAUCUGACGGCUCCUCUGGGAGGAGAAGGAACCAACAGCAAGACACCUAUCGAAUUGGGGCUGCAGCCAUUUGGAACCGACCUGUUGCUUCAGCCGCUUGGCCAUGGAGGAGAGUACAACUCAGCUGGCGGUGGUCCUCGGCUGCAGCCGCCUGGUGAAGGGUCACCGUCGGCUCCUCGACAAGGCGAUAUGGUUGGUCGGUAUGGUGCCAAUAAGGAUCCAUCUCAGUGAUGAUAAUAUGGUAUCAAAUCAUGUUUCUGUGUCUCUACAUAUGCUCGGUCUCUAUGGUUAGGUUUGGUUACUGUCGGGGUUUCAGUGGUGUUGCUUAGUUAUGUUUUUAUGUUCUUGGUUUCGUCUCUUUGGUCAUGUUGUAAACGUAUGAACAAUUGCAAGAUAUUAAAAGUGAUAUUUCAUUUAUAAAAAAAAGAGAGAGAGAGAAAAAAUAAAGUUGAAUACAUACAUCUUCUUUUUGGUAUUUCUUUCAUAAAUUGUAAUUUUUCAAUUUGGCUCUUUCUCUUGCAGCUUUAUUUAUACAUAGAUGGACGCAACUGAAUAUACUAAAAUUUCGUAAAAGAAACAAUUCAAUCUAAGAUAUUUGAGACAUAAUAACUAUAUAAUAUACUUUUUAAAUGCAAUAACACAAAGAUACAUGUAUCCCUACUCCUUGAGAUUUGAAGAUCAAAUUCAAACAACACUUUUAAAUCAUAGAGAAUUAACUGCAAAAGCAUAUCACUUUUAAAUUUAAUAAGCUAAGAGUAUUGCAGGUAAGAAUCUUCAAUUCACAAAUCAAAAUUACUCUUCUAACGCCCAAAAAGAAACAAUACUUACAAGUCAUUGAAAUUCUUCAACUCUCCAAACUCACAAGUCACUGAAACAAUCAUAUAUCUCAUUUGCUCAUAUAAAGGCACUGUCAAAGUUGAAAAUAGUAGUAUAGCAGGAAUCAAGCAAACGGAGAACGAGGAAUACACAAAGAAUAUAACAUACAGGCAAGAAA